AUGGAGCGCCGCCUCCUGGUACUGGUCUUCUGGGUUUGCGUGGGAGUGGAGUACCAUGUUGGGGGCGACCAGAUGAAGUCGGCAAGGGCGCCUCUGAUCCCUCACCGGCCUUUUGUGGUCGUGUGGAAUGCUCCCACCGAGUCUUGCCGCCUUCGAUUCAAAGUGGACUUGGACCUGAGUGUUUUUGACAUCGUAGCAAAUCUCAACGAAACCCUAAGUGGACCAAAUGUCACCAUUUUCUACCACAGCCAUCUUGGAUACUACCCAUACUACUCCAACUCUGGGGAUCCCAUCAAUGGUGGACUCCCCCAGAACCAGAGCAUCUCCAAACACCUGAGCAAAGCCAGGGCGGACAUUGACAAGCUGAUCCCCCAUAAGGAUUUCCGAGGCCUGGGAGUCAUCGACUGGGAGAACUGGAGACCACAGUGGGUUCGAAACUGGGGCUCCAAGGACAUCUACCGCAACAAGUCCAAGGAACAGAUUCGGAAACUUCACCCAAACUGGCCAGAGAGUAAGGUGGAAAACGAAGCGAAGGAAAGUUUUGAAAGGGCUGGACUCGCAUUCAUGAACCUGACCUUGUCAUUGGCUGAAGGUCGUAGACCAGACGGGCUGUGGGGGUUUUACCUUUUCCCAGACUGCUACAACUACGGAUACAAGCAGCACCCACAGCGGUACACCGGCGAAUGCCCCAACAUUGAGCACGUGCGGAACGACCACCUGAUGUGGCUGUGGAAGGAAAGCACCGCCCUCUACCCGUCAAUCUACCUUGACUAUGAGCUCAAGUCUUCCUCGAACACGGUCAGGUUUGUCCACUAUCGAGUCAAGGAGGCCAUGAGGAUCGCAUCCAUCGCCCGGACAGACUACACGCUGCCUGUGUUCGUCUACUCCAGACCUUUCUACGCCUACACCUUUGUGGUUCUGUCAGAGGUAAUCCACCUAACAUUCUGACCAAAACACGGUCUGGGUCUUUGUUCCUUUCCAACCAAUUCACUCGUCCAUUUUACACCCAGUGCUUGUGUUGCAUAAUUAGCAAAUGAACUUGUACUUACAUUAGCACCCAACGGUAUACUUGUUUUGGAAUGAGGUGAGCUCAGGCACAGAGAUAGUGUGUUGCUAUCUAAAGAGAGCAGAAAGAGACUACAGAGUAUUUACAGGUUUUUCCAUGUAGUUGUCUGUCAGAUGAUGAUUUUAUCAGCCAAAAUGUUUCCAUCUCUGAGAUCCAACCGAAUGGAGACCAACAGCAUCGAUUAUUCCAAAAAAUUAAAGCGUCUGUGAUAUUCUGUUUCAGAGUGACCUGAUUCACACCAUCGGAGAGAGCGCUGUGUUGGGAGUAUCGGGUGUUGUGCUGUGGGGAUCAUCUGAGUAUGCCCGGACACAGGUAAGAGUGAAAACACAAACAGAGGGUCAACUCGGUUUUUAUGCACCGGAAUGAGCAAUGAAGGUUUAGCAAAAUAUUACAACAAUCACUCAAAUAAAGGGACUCUGAAACGACUUAAUUCUCUUUCUGUAAUAUCAAUCAGCUUCAAACUCGAUGCUUAUAUGAUCUCAACAUGCAACAGCCACACAGCAGAGACCAGGUGUAAGGCCAAGCCAUCAAAGUAAAAAAUGUUUAAAAGGACAUUUCAAUGAUGUAUGAAAAGAGACUUUUUUUUUUGCACAGGACUAAUAUGAGCUAAAGAUCUUGCAGAGGAUGUCUCAUCUUUUAAUUCAGUGUGAACAAACCAUGUUGUCAGUAUCAUAUGUCAGUGUCAGUAUCCUCAUAUCUGGGCACACACAGAGGUCCUCUGAUGUUCUUGUGUCACUGAGCCCUUCUGCCAUAAUUCUACUUGGUGGUUUGCAGGAAAAGUUUAGAUAAAGGAUUAAAAACUCUGCUGUUUGCAUUUAAACGUGCAGUACACCCUAAAAACUGCAGGAAGUUUCAUGCAUGUGUGAAAACAUCUUGUAAUAAAAUGACUUUAUCCCAGGUUAAGCAAAGAGGUCAAACAUUUAUUAGUGGAGGAGGCACUCUGGAGUUUUUGUUACUUUCUUGGACUCAGCUGUGAAUCUAGAAAAUGUUAAAUCUCAGUCCUUAUUUUUAAAUUCCUUAUUUGCAAGAUAAAAGCAGGAUUUGUGACUUUUAAAGGAGUAUUGAUGGUUCUCGUUGUUUUCUCUCUGUCCCUCUCAGAGGAACUGCCUGACCGUAAAGAAAUACAUCGACGGUCCUCUGGGACAUUACGUCAUCAACGUCACCUCCGCCGCCAAGCUGUGCAGCAAAGCACUCUGCAAGAAGAACGGCAGGUGUGUCCGCAAGAGUCUGGACUCAGGAGCCUACCUGCACCUGAACCCGAGGUUCUUCCACAUUCACCACAACCCGGGCCCCAGGGGCCCCCGCUUCCACGUCAGAGGUCACCUCAACAACCACGACAUCCUUGACAUGAAGCACAAGUUCACCUGCCAGUGCUACCAGGGCUGGACAGGCGUUUACUGCGAGAUGCCCCAGACGGCGUCUCGUCCUCCUCCUCCUCCGCCCCCUCCCCCGCCUCAGCCUGGCAUCCCUCUGCCUCACCCCAGAGAGCACAGCCUGCUGGGAGACAUCCUGCUCCUGCUGUCCCUCCAUUUCUCCUGUCUGUGUGUCAUCAUGUUCCUGGGACUCUGUCUGAUCAUCAAGUGUCUGAUACUUUAG